CAUGUUCUUGCCUAAAACUUUGUCAUAUUUCAGUCAUUUUCUGUCAAUGGGAGCAGAAAACGACGAGUACAAGAAGAAGGAGCGCAUUGCAGUGGCUGUAAUCUUGGUUUUCGCAUCACUCGCCCUUGUUUCAGUUGUAGUGACCUUCAGUUACUACUGCUACUUGAGAUUCAAACUCUCCAAGCGGCUCAAGACAAAGAAAAAAAAUUUACAAGGGAUUCCCCAUGAUGUUAAAACCGGCAAUGCUUCCAAUAUCCAAGUCACGACAGACAAUCGACUCCAAGUCUUUACUUUCAAGCAGCUCCAUUCUGCCACUGGUGGAUUUGGGAAGUCUAAUGUGAUUGGCCAUGGCGCAUUUGGAUUGGUAUGCAGAGGAGUGCUGCAAAAUGGAAGAAAAGUUGCUGUUAAGUUGAUGGAUGAAGCUGGACAACAGGGAGAAGACGAAUUCACAGCAGAGGUAGAAUUGUUGGGCCGGCUACGUUCACCGUAUUUGCUACCAUUGAUUGGAUAUUGUUCGGAAAACAAGCGCAAAUUGCUGGUCUAUGAGUUUAUGGUCAAUGGAGGACUGCAGGAACAUUUGUAUCCAGCCAGGGGAACUGUUUCUUCCAACUUAAACUGGGAAACUCGAUUGAGAAUAGCUUUAGAAGCAGCAAAGGGUUUGGAGUACCUUCACGAACACAUUAGUCCCCCGGUAAUUCAUAGAGAUUUCAAAAGUAGCAAUAUCCUUCUCGACAGAAAUUUUCACGCUAAAGUUUCUGAUUUCGGACUGGCGAAACGUGGUUCUGAUAAAGCCGGAGGACAUGUCUCGACUCGAGUUCUGGGCACCCAAGGAUAUGUUGCGCCUGAGUAUGCUUUAACUGGGCAUCUUACCACAAAAUCAGAUGUAUACAGCUAUGGAGUUGUUUUGCUUGAAUUGCUGACUGGUAGAGUCCCAGUCGAUAUGAAGAGGCCGGCGGGUGAAGCUUUUCUUGUAUCCUGGGCCUUACCCCAGUUAACAGAUAGAAAUAAGGUUGGUGAAAUAAUGGACCCGGCAUUAGAGGGUCAGUAUUCAAUGAAGGAGGUCGUUCAAGUUGCUGCCAUUGCGGCUAUGUGUGUGCAAGCGGAGGCGGAGUACAGGCCGUUGAUGGCUGAUGUGGUGCAGUCUUUGGUCCCAUUAGUGAAGCUCAAUAGACCAUCAAAAACAGGUUCCUGCUCGAGCUUUCAUGCCACUCAAUCUCCCAAGGCAUAGAAUGACUUCUUUGAGUAUUAGUAGGAUGAAAUGUGUACUUCAAGUUCAAGUUACAGAUAUUAUGUCUUAUUCCAAUCCUUAUAUAAGGUGGGUGUAUUCAGUUAGGACUUUUUAAGACUUUUUAAAGUGGAUGACUUUUGUGGAAUUUGUGCUACUUUUACUGACUUUUGUAGAUUUUGUGAGAUUGUUGCGGAGACUUUUUAAGACUUUCAAUGUGAACUUUUUGGAACUUUCUGAAUUUUAUAUAAUUAUUAUUAUAUUAAUUAAAUUUGUU